CUGACCCACCGACCCGGGGGCUCCGACUGGCUCUCGGCGCGCUUAUCCUCCCCCGCCCCCCAAUUCUGGACGUAGCGGUAUGGGGCACCGAGGCGAGAACGCGCCCCUUCUGCUCCUCCUGGUGCUGUUUGCUUCCUGCUAUGGGCGUAUUGUGAAGGUACCUGCAGGUCCCCUAGUAAGAGUUGAAGGCACAGAGGUGGUGAUCCCAUGCAGUGUUACUCAGUAUGAAGGACCCAGUGAGCAGAACUUUGACUGGGAGUUCUCUACAAGCCCUGCUCAGGACACUAGAUUUGUACAUGUAGUGAGUACUUGGGACCCUUCAUUCACGUCUCGGGAGUAUCAAGAUCGGGUUAACAGUAAGGAGAUCACCUUAAGAAGAAACAGUAACAAUGCUGUGGAACUUGUGAUUGGAAACAUCCGCCCUACUGACCAAGGGAUGUAUCGAUGCACUACACCUAGCACAGAUGCUGUCUUUCAGGGAAAUUACAAUGCUGUAGUCGAAGUCAAAGUGAUUGCAGAUGGCUUAACUGUCAGUGGGUCAAAAGCCCGCUCUACAGACCCUUGGGACUUACUGGAAGGAGAUGCAUUUCAGUUGCGCUGCUCAGCUUCCACCAAUUCUUCAGAGCACACCCAUCUGUAUGUGACUUGGGAAUUCAAGAAUGGCCUUGCCUGGCAAGAAAUCCUCUCCCUGACGCAUGAGGGCAAGUUCCAGCCUGGUUUGGAGUAUAACGAGCGCUAUAUCAAUGGGGAUGUGCGCUUAGAUGCUAUGGCCAAUGACAUUUACCGCUUGUCUAUGUCCCAGGCUCUUCCAACCGAUGAAGGUACCUAUAGGUGUCGAGUGAGUGAGUGGGUUAAAGGUGCAGAUGGCUCAUGGCAAAAGAUCCAAGAGAAGACUGCUGAUGUAGCAAAUGUUGUGGUGCAGCCAACAGCUCUAGGUGUGUUCCUCACCAGAAGCAAUGUAUCUGUGACAGACAGAGACUCCCUUGACCUUACCUGCAACUUCACAACAGAUAGAAGUGGUAUUUUCCAAGCAGAAGUCACAUGGUAUUUCAGUGAAUCACCUGAUGGCCCCAUGGCAGAGGCCCGGGUUUUGCUGAGUGCAGACCGUGAUUCUGUAGUUAGUGACUCUACCCUUAUCAGCCUCAGCCAUGUGGACCGAAGUUCUUACCACCUGUUGAUACGUGAUGUUGGCCCUGAAGACUCAGGCUAUUACUUUUGCCAAGCAGCUCUCUGGGUGCCACAGCAAAAUGGUAGCUGGCACAAGGUAGCAGAGAGGACAUCUGUGCCAGUCACUGUGGAGGUGUUGGCAUUAGAGCCAAAUUAUCAUGUGUUUCUGAAUGCGUCUAAAACACCUACAUAUUCAGAGGAUCCCACAGAAUUGGAAUGUAGAAUUAUGGAGACACAGAACACGGAAGCAAAUGUACGUUACACGGUGACCUGGUACUACAGAUUGCCCACACGCAGUGAUGAAGUGGUAAAAGAUGAACUUCUCGCCACCAUGGAUGCAGACUGGACGCUGGUAGUUGGGGAUAAAAGCAAACAACGAGCUCAAAAUGGGGGAAUUAUUUUCUCUAAGCCAACGGUGAACACCUUCCGCUUACGAAUCCAGUGGACCUCUGAAUCAGAUAGAGGACAGUAUUAUUGUGUAAUUUCUUCAUGGAGCCGGCAGCGCAACAGCAGCUGGAUAAAGAUCAAGGAUGUGGCUUCGAUGCCUGUAAGCAUUUUAUGGUCUUCACAAGAUUAUACGCUGACCGUAGAGGCUGUGAAGCUGAAGCCAUUCUUCAUGGCAGGGCACACCUUUGAAAUGACAUGCAAGGUGUCUUCCCAGAACAUCAAGACUCCUCGUUAUUCAGUCCUCAUUACAGCUGAGAAGCCUCUGAGUGACCAAUCACAUCCUAAUGGGACCACUCGCAUAAUUUCUCUCAAUCAAGACUCAGUGGUCAGACGGGAAGACUGGACAGAUCAGGAACGAGUGGAUGGUGUAGUCUUGGAAAAGGUCCAGGAGAACGAGUUCCGCUACAGGAUGUACCAGACCCAAGUUUCUGACGCUGGGCUGUAUCGCUGCGUGGUGACUGCAUGGUCACCAGGGGGUGGCGGCAUGUGGCGGGAGGCAGUCAAUGGCUUAUCUAAUCCCAUCCAGAUAGACUUCCAGAGCUCAGGUCCUGUUUUUAAUAUUUCGGUGUAUUCAGAUAAUCCAACCAUUUAUCGAGGUGAAUUGGUGAACUUGAUUUGCAUCAUCACCAUUGAAGGGACGGUACUUGAUCCAGAUGACAUGUCUUUCGAUGUCUCCUGGUUUGCCAUGCGCUCAAUCGCAAUGGACAGAGACCCUGUUUUCCUAGCUUCAUUGGAUCGGAAUGGGAUAGUGACCCAGGCCAGAAGAAAUGGGAGUAGUGAUGUCAGUUUAGAGAGAAUAGCCCCCCUGGAAUUUCGACUUAGAGUUCAUGGCUGUGAGGACCAAGACUUUGGCAACCACUACUGUUUGGUAACUCCCUGGGUCCAGUCAGCUGCAGGUGUCUGGCAACGGGAGAUGGAGAUCAGAUCUAAACCAAUUCUUGUAACUGUGAAAAUGGAUGUGCUGAAUGCUUUCAAAUAUCCACUGUUGAUUGGCAUUGGCCUGUCCACAAUCAUUGGACUCUUAUCCUGCUUGAUUGGCUACUGCACUUCCCGUUGGUGUUGCAAGAAAGAGGUACAAGAAACCAGGCGAGAGAGACGCCGACUUAUGUCUAUGGAAAUGGACUAAACCUGAACCUGAGAGGUGGAUGCACACAUUUUUGGGAGGGAGGCAAUUUUGAAAGGCCCAAGGCUACACACACUUGAGUGUGUCAAACCAAAAUGCCCUGACAACAAAACUCAUCUGAUCUUGUCCUGGACCUACAGCUGCUCCUUUUUCUACCAGUGUUUCACAUUGAGAGCACAUGUCAUGUUUGUCAGCAUUUAGCUCUUCUUCCAAUGGCACUUUUUAUGGGGGUAGUUUUUUUCGCGGCAAACAGUUCCACAGUGUCCUUCCAGCAGGCCUUUAGACAAUACUCACCAUCAAAAUUUGUAUUCUUAAAAUAUUUUUCCCCUUGGUGUUUAAUAGGAAAAUGGAAUCAGAAGAGCUCAGAGAAAAUAACUGUCUUCCUUAUAACUAGCUGACUAGUUAACAUCUCUAGGGAAGGAAGGAAGGAGGGAAAUGUUUUAGACAUAUCUAAUAAGAAAAUACCCCUUUUUAUUGGUGGAAUUGGAGUUGAUGCUAAGAUAAAUGUGGAUUGUAGUCUCUGAAAUCUUUAAUUUAAAAAUGGUGCUGAUUUAGCAGCCCUGCAAACUGACUCCUUGGAAAACGGACAGCAAUACAAACCCACCCACCCUUCCACUGUGCUUAAUAUAGUGUCCACUAUUAUUAUUCUGGUAAGAGGUGUUUGAGUCUCUGUGCCCUGCUUGUUACUAAAAUCUCAACGGAAAGUGCCACCAGACUUCACUAUGCUGAUGGAUUUUGUGUAAUGAACACGUCACCCCUUGAAACUGGAUGGAGACUGCUAGAUGUUCUUAAGUAGAUACUGUACCAUCUAACCCAGUGACCAGAAGGUCUAGAAUUGAGGUUGAAAUUCUCCUUAUCCAAGUAUUCCUAAAUUGGGGGGGGGGGGGGAAUUGGUUGAUCGCAGCUAGUAGUGUGCUAUGAGCUUUCAGGAAGUAAGGUGCACCAUAACAGAGACUCCCAUAGAUCAGCAAACAAGUGACUAGAUCCACAGCUUGCUCUCGGGAAACAUACACACACAAAUUGUGAACCGCCCAGAGAGCUUCGGCUAUUGGGCGGUAUAAAAAUGUAAUAAAUAAAUAAACAAAUGCUUUUGAGGGCAUCAACUAGACUUUGACGAUGAAUUGGACAGUGUCUGCAAUUGUAACUCAGGGUAAGGAUGAGGAGGAAUGAAUUGAUGUGGGGGAGAAUGCUGCUUUUCUGGAUAUAUUUUUUCUGCAUGCCACAAUGCCAAAGCCUAUAUAAUACAGUGCAUUCUUUGCCCCCGUUCAAUAGGAUUGCAAUAAAUUAUCAUCAUGGGACUCUUUGUUGCUGUAGUAGAGAGACCUAGACCUUGUCUUCCACAUACCCUUCUCUCAGAUUUAAGAAGCUGUCCCUGUGAUUUAAAGCAGCUUCAUCUUCCAGCACAGCUGGUAUUUCUAAGCAAUAAGAAGUCAGAUCACCGGCAUAUUACAGAAAACAUUACGCAUUAAACAUGCAUGACUUGACUCAAACUAAGACUGAAAAUUCAAGUAACAAGCAAGGAACCAUCCUGCUCUAUUGUGCUUUAAGUUUAAGAGCAAAUGCAGUCAAUCUGCCAAGUUCAUUGGUUAAUGUGACUUGAAUGGGCAUGGUACACAUAGUGGCAUGCAGAAUGUUAUGCAUUGAGACAGACCAAUGUAUGACAUUUCCUGUUUAUGGUGGUCCAUUUUUCAUAGUCAUCUGAAGGCAUGGAGAAUCUGCACAAAUUAUCAGUUUGUGCAGAGUUAUCCAUUCAGCUUGCAUUGACUUCAAUGUACAUUUAUAAUUCUUGAAAAUCCAUCUUGGCAUUAAGCACAUGGACUAGAGCUUCAGAUUAACUGUAAUCUGUAAUGUCCCUUUGGGGAGCUUCAAACCAUAACCAUGCUAGGGAAUUGUCCAUUUUAACUAUGCAGUAUCUGCUUAAUUAUGGACUUAUUUGGUGCCACUUUUCAGCAAUUAUGGUGCUGGCCCAUGCCCUUAUUUACCUGAUGUGGUUAAGACUGUGAGUACAGCUAGGUUUGCAAGCUUUAAUUCUGGGAUAUCCAAAUGGAGGUUUCUGAAAGAAUUUUGACCCUGAGAGCUUUAGGAAUUCACUGGAAAUCUGCAAAUUCAUAAGGUGUGUAAAAUCAACAUAGUUGGAGUCAUCCAAACGGCUUAGUAAAUAUGGGCCUUUGGUGGGGGGGCUUCUCCAGGAGAAAUUGCGUUGUACUUGACAUUUAGAGCAUUGCCCCAGUUGGCUUAUAUUGUUUAAUCUGGUAUACCACCUAUCUAGACAUCCCAGACAUCUAUAUUAACAUUAUGAGCUAAUAUUUUACUUGCUUUUUCCACUUUACAAGUUCUGAUCUUUUUUAAAAAAAAAUGUGGAAAAGAAACAAUUACCUAAAGCACAAAUUAUCAUUUCAUGCAUGUUUUUAUAUCUUGUGUCUUUCUGUUAUCACAUUUUGAGGAAUACACAAACAUAUUUAAAUGCAAUAAUUAUGGAAUAGUUGAGCCCAGGAAAGUUUAAUUCUACUUAAACACUUGUUGCACGCUGACAUUGUCUCUUUGAGGAAAGAAACUCAGGGUUAUUUUGAUUCAGGGAUUCCUUGCCUCUGACAGCAGGGUUCCUGUCCCUCAAGUUGUUGUCCACUCUUCCUAGAUCAUGGGGGAAGUUAUUUCCUUUGAAACUAAAUUUGGCCAAUAGGUUAUAACUCUUCCCUUUUGAUUUGAGGUGAUGCUUUAUCCCUCGUACUUAACUAUACCUUGAAGUAGUACCACUCCAGCAGUCUCCUUCCAAUUGUGCCAAUUUUAUAUUAUUCCUCUUUUUUAAAAAGUAGAACUUCUGUCUCUAGAAAACAUUUGUCGCUCCUGUUUUGUGUUAACUCAGAGUUGAAUGGGAUUCAGCAAGAUAUUCAGCAGUGCUUGUCAGAGUUGCAAUCAUGGAAUCAACAGUCAAGUAUUCUAAGGGCUUCUGUCAAUUCUGAUUACUCUCUUUUCCUGCUUCCAGCUCACAGUUGGGAAUUCAGGACACUUGGAACUUUAAUCGGGUAUAAUUUCAAAAGUAACUUACUUAAAAGGCCGGAAAUAUUUUUGUUCGUUUUGAAGAGAGGUUUUAGGCACAGCUCUGGAAGCUUUUAAAGAAAUAUGUUCAGCACGGCUUUGGAAGAUAGGAGUUGGACAGUUAUAAUGAUGCUGUGUAAUGUG